UCUUUAAGUUGUUUUUGGGUUAUAUCAAUAUAUUGGAGUUAUAUCAAUAUAUCAGAUCACAUUGGAAGAAUUAUAAAAACUCACAUUCUGUAAUCUAUUGUAAGAAUUAUAAAAGCUCAGCAUCCUCAAAAUUAUAAAGAACUCAAGAAUAAAUUGAAUUGUUUUUAAUAUGCAGAAGCACCUAAGAAAUCUUGGAGGGAUGCUUUCUUUGUUGGUAAUAUUGUGCUUUUCAAUAGGGAGAUCUGAUUGUUCAGUGACCCAAAAUGUUGUAACUGCAAAGAAGUAUGGGAGUUCUCUCAAUUUCUUGGCUGUGGGAGAUUGGGGCAGGAAAGGAUUGUUCAACCAGUCCCAAGUAGCUGCUCAGAUGGGUAUAGUAGGAGAAAAGUUGCAGAUUGAUUUUGUUAUUUCCACUGGAGAUAAUUUUUAUGACAAGGGAUUGAAUGGCACAGAUGAUCCAAGUUUUGAACACUCCUUUUCUCAAGUAUACACAGCCAAAAGCCUGCAAAAACAGUGGUAUGCUGUCCUAGGAAACCAUGAUUACAUGGGAAAUGCUUUGGCUCAGUUCAGCUCCAGUCUUACAAGGAGGGAUCGUAGAUGGUACUGUCAAAGAUCUUUCAGACUCCACUACAAAAUUCAUUCCCAUUCAGAAGAAUGUGCUUUGGUAGACUUUUUCUUCUUCGACACCUCACCCUAUAUAAAUAAAUAUUGGGAGCCAAGUAAUAUUACAAAUGACUGGAGAGGGGUUCUUCCUAGAGCAAGGUUUCUUCAAAGGCAGUUAAAGGAUCUGAGAAAAGCUUUGGCAAAUUCAAACGCAGUGUGGAAAAUAGUAGUGGGGCACCAUCCCAUUCGGAGCAUUGGUGAUGAUGGUGAUACAGUUGAACUUGUUCAAAAGCUAUGGCCAAUUUUAGAAGAGUUUCAAGUGGAUUUGUAUGUCAAUGGACAUGACCACAAUCUUGCACGUAUUACUAGUCUAACAAGUUCACUACAAUUCUUGACAAGUGGAGGAGGAUCUAAAGCAUGGAAGGGAAUGAAUGAGACUCCAAAUAUGAAAGGUUCUCAGUUCUUUUAUCCAGGUCAAGGUUUCAUGUCUACUCAAGUCACAAAGAAGUUUCUUAGUGUUGAUUUCUAUGAUGUUGAAGGAAAGAUCCUUCAUAGUUUCAACUUAACUAAAUAA